AUGUUGGGCAGGACGCGUUCUUGUCGCAACACAUUUCUUACAAAAUCGGUGGCGACUCCGCCGAUUUCAGUGAUUCGUACCGGGCCAACGUGGUGGGCAGAUCCAGAGCGCAUGGUGCGGCAGAAGCUCAUGUAUUUUACUCUAGGGGUCGACCAACUUCCGCUGCGUCGCACGGCGGUGAUCCAGAAGGAUUUGCACCGUUUCCACAUGUGCAAGCCUCCCAUUCGUAUAGGCGACACCACCGGUUACAAGCGGUCUCGCGCGGCACAGUUGACAACGUGGUACCGCCGCAUUCAGUACCAGGAAUACUAUCUGCAGCACCUUUUUACGCGGCAUGUGUGGGGUUUGGUGCGCGUGUACCCUGGCAAUACGACGAAGAUACAAGGCAAGGCCGACGACGGCUAUGUUGGUUACGACGCGGUCCCGUACCACCGCUACAACCGCGCCCCACUUCCAUUUCCAGCCCGUGAGCUUUAUCCGAGGAGAGAAUAA